CACCAAACAACCAAGCAACUACACCUACUUCCAUCUACCAAAUUAGUCAUAGAAUGUCGGUCCAAGAAGUUCUUGUUUUAUCAACCAAGAAUAAUGAACGUCCCUCUGCAGAUUUUCAGCCCAGCAUUUGGGGUGAUUAUUUCCUCACUCACAGCGUGGAAACGGUGUCAGUUGAGAAAAUGAGGCAACAAGUUGAAGAAUUGAAAGAAGAAGUAAGAGGAUCGUUAAUGGAUUCUCACAAGAAACCUUUGCAAAAAUUGGAGCUGAUUGAUGCAGUACAACGUUUAGGAGUUUCUUACCAUUUUGAGAGGGAGAUUAAUGAAAUAUUAGAAAACAUGCACCACAACUACUCUAAUACUGGCUUUCUUAAUUCAGAGCAUGAUGACCUUUGUACCAUUGCUCUUUGGUUUCGUUUGCUUAGGCAACAUGGUUAUUAUACUUCAUGUGAUGUAUUUAACAAGUUUAAGGACGGAGAAGGAAACUUUAUGGCAUCCUUAACCAUUGAUGUGGUGAGCAUGCUAAGUUUGUACGAGGCAGCACAACUUCGCAUACAAGGGGAGCAAAUUCUUGACGAAGCCAUGGCUUUCACUACCACUCAUCUUGAGUCAAUGGUGAGUAGCAUAAGCCCCUACCUUUCGGAAAAGGUCACGUUUGCCUUGAACCGGCCCAUCCGUAAAAAUUCACCAAGGUUAGAGACAAGGCAUUACAUCUCUCUCUAUCCCAAAGAAGAUUUCCAUAACCCAACUUUGUUGAAGUUGGCAGAGUUGGAUUUCAACGUUCUACAAGCAUUACAUCAACAAGAGGUGAGCAACAUGACAAGGUGGUGGAAAAACUUGGAUUUCCAAAGAAAGCUGCCUUAUGCAAGAGACAGAGUGGUAGAAUUGUACUUUUGGAUAUUGGGAGAGUACUUUGAACCACAAUAUUCCCUUGCAAGAGAGUUAGCUACCAAAGUAAUCACUAUGAUAUCCAUACUAGAUGAUACCUAUGAUGCUCAUGGAACAUAUGAAGAACUGAAGCUCUUUACAGAAGAAAUCAAAAGAUGGGAUGUCAGCGCCAUACAUGUCCUUCCAGAUUACAUGAAGUUGCUAUAUAAGGCAAUUUUAGACAUUUGCAGUGAUAUUGAGGAGCAUACUACGAAGGAAGGAAGAUCAUAUUGUGUGCAUUAUGCAAAAAAAGCAAUGGAAGAACUUGUGCAAGCCUACUUCAUUGAAGCCAGUUGGUUUCAUGAUGCGUACACCCCAACAUUCGAGGAAUACAUGUCGGUGGCAGCAGUAACUGCUACUUAUUAUCUUAUCAUAACCUCUUCGUUUAUUGGGAUGGGUGAGAUCGCUACGAAAGAGGUGUUCGAUUGGGUCUGCAAUAAACCAAAAAUCAUGGAAGCUUCAUCGGUUAUUGGCAGACUAAUGAAUGACAUGGUCUCCCAUAAGUUUGAGCAAAAGAGGCCACACAUUGCAUCAGCUAUAGAAUGUUACAUGAAACAACAUGGUGUUGAUGAAGAAAAGGCAAAUAAAAUGUUGGCUGAAGAAGUUGAUAAUGCUUGGAAAGAUAUAAACGAGGAGUUGCUGAAGAAGCCAAGUAGCAGUGGUAGUACUGUAGCAUUUCCGCUGCUGGAGCGGGUUUUGAAUCUUACAAGGGUGACAGAUGUUGUGUACACGGAUGAUGAUUGUUAUACCAAUCCUCAUAAACUCAAACAUCAAGUUGAGUUAUUGCUUAAACAUCCCAUAGCGAUUCGUGAAGAUGUUUUUUUAUAAAUAUUAUGGGUCUAGUUAGCAGUUUAUCGGUCUUCUAUUAAUGUUCUAAGUUGGUCUAUGUCAGUGUUGCCAGUUGUAAUAAUCAUUAUCAUGAAUGUAUUAAAUUCUGAAUAAUUAGUUAAAAAACCUAUUAAGAAA